AUGCCUAUGAAGAGUAGUCGCAGUCGCAGCAUUGUGUGCCACUACUGGAAACAAGGAAGGUGUAACCGAAACCCCUGUAGGUUCGUGCAUGGAGAUCUGCAACCAGCUGGAACGAAGGUGGUGGAAUCUCUGCCGUCAUCUUCGAAUAGUCAUCGUCCCAAUGUCUAUCGUGCGCCUCAAACUCAAAAGAGUCAAGCUUUGGUCCCUGGUGAUCUGCGGAGGAAGCUCUCACCACUUGAAGAAGACCGGGUCUCCAAAAGAACCAAAAGCUCUCAGCUACCUGCCGCCGCCACCCAGAUGAGCCAACGGAAGCAGUGCAGCAGUUAUGUUGAUGGCGUCCUCCCAUCUCAAUCCCCAUCUAAACCAGCUUCUGCAAACACUACUAGUUCUCCGAAGCAGCCAGAUGCUGAAGUUGAUGAUGUAGCUGUAGCUGUCGUCCCCACUACUAGUGAACACUAUGAAGAGAAGAAGGCUGCUUGUUGUCAAGAUUGGAUGUCUGGAAACUGUGGCAGAGGGGAGAGCUGUCAAUUCCUACAUUCAUGGUGCCGUGGUGAUGGGUUCUCAAUGCUUGCAAGACUAAUUGAAGAAGGGCAUGAUGGUGAGAAGUCUAUUUCUGGGAUUGGGUUCCCUGCAGGAUCCGACAAACUCUAUUCAGCAACCAGUGGUGGAGUGGUACGUGCUUGGGAUUGCCAUACUGGUUUGCUUGCAGGGACUGCAAAUGUUGGUGACCACAAGAUUGGAUGUUUGAUUAGCGAUGAAGACUGGGUGUUUGUUGGUUUCCCCAAUGGUGUCAAAGCAUGGAACUUCAAGUUAGGGGUUUAUCAUGACCUCACUGGUCCCAAAGGUCAAGUUAAUGCCUUGGAGUUUGGGUUGGAUGCCUUGUACGCUGGAUUUGAAGAUGGUGCAAUAUCGAUUUGGAAAGGCUUCACUGAUCAGCAAGCCAAUCCACAAUUCCAGCAGCCUGCUACUUACCUGAGAGGCCAUGGAAGUGCAGUUACUUGCCUGAGAGCUACCAUAAAUGGCGAAUUGUAUAGAAGAUUGUAUUCUGGUUCGGUGGAUGGGACCAUCAAGGUUUGGGAUUUGUAUACUGAGGAGUGCAUUCAAACACUCAAGGCACACGAUGGUGCUGUGACAUCUGUUAUCUGCUGGAAUACGUUCCUGUUGUCUUGCUCAAUGGAUAAGAAGGUCAAGUUCUGGGGUUGCACUGAAGAUGACAGUGAUGACAUAAGCCUUUUGUACACGCAUGAAGAGGAAAGUGCUGCACUUGCUCUUGGGGGGAUGAAUGAUUCCGCAGGAAAGCCAAUCUUGUUCUGUUCGUGGAGCAACUGUAGUGUUGGGUUGUACGAGUUGCCAACACUCAAAGAGUUUGGAAGGAUUUACUCACAGAAGGAAGUAAGUGCAAUUCGAAAUGGGCCUGAAGGCUUGUUUUUCACAGGGGAUGCAAGCGGCGUGGUCAGCGUGUGGAAGUUGUUGGCAGAAGUUAGCAGUAGUGGAGCGAAAGUCCUUUAG